GAAGUAUUUCAAUUAUAUGAGAGAGGGAAGAAAGACAAAGGCGGACGCGAAACCAGAAGUUGGCUGCAAAAAAUGGAAUUGGAUGAAUGGGAGUUGAGCGUUGAAGAAUUGGAUUCUCUUGAAAGAGACGCUCUCCAGAAGAUCUCUCAGCAACGUCACUCUUCUUCUCCUCCCUACAUUCAACAACCUAUCAUCCAUUCUCUUUAUCAGAUGGGUGAAGUUUUGUCCAGAGCAUUGCCUCCAUCAAUUGCGCCAAAAGCAAAACCUGCUGAUCAAUGCUCCAAGGAACAAGAACCCAGGGUUUCCCUCAAACUUUUUCUCCACGCCACUGGAAACAUUGCUGCAAAAUUUCCCUAUAACCAGGUUUUAAUUGAUGCUUUCCGUAAGAUCCCUAAAGCCACUUGGAAUGCAAAAGAAAGAUUGUGGAUGUUCCCGCAAUCUUCUUUGUCAUCAGCUGAAAAAGUUCUUUCUGAAAUAUCUGGUUGUAAUGUUGAGGUAGAGAAUUUACAUCCCUUGGUGCAACGUGCUGUAGCUGCCGCCGCCACACUCCCAGAUCUUCAAGAGCUGUAUGACAGGAUUCCUAAGUGUAUUGAGUCAAAGCUUCUACCAUUUCAGCGGGAGGGUGUCAGGUUUGUGUUGCAACAUGGAGGACGUGCACUUCUAGCUGAUGAAAUGGGACUAGGAAAGACUUUACAGGCUAUUGCUGUUGCUGCAUGUGUUCGUGACUCUUGGCCUGUUCUUAUACUUGCGCCAUCUUCUUUGCGUUUGCAUUGGGCUUCAACGAUUCAACAAUGGCUCAAUAUUCCUCCAUCAGAUAUAGUUGUUGUUUUCUCCCAAAUGGCUGGGUCAAAUAGAAGUGGAUUCACAAUAUUAUCCUCAAAUAGCAAGGGUGGUAUUCAUCUUGAUGGUCUGUUCAACAUAAUCUCCUAUGAUUUGGUAGCAAAACUUGAAAAUAUAUUAGUGGCGUCAGAUUUCAAGGUUGUGAUUGCAGAUGAAUCUCAUUUUUUGAAAAAUGGUCAAGCAAAGAGGACAACUGCUUCCCUUCCCGUUAUAAAGAAAGCUCAGUAUGCAAUAUUACUUACUGGAACACCAGCUAUGUCCCGGCCGAUUGAGCUGUUCAAGCAGCUGGAAGCUUUGUAUCCUACUGUAUAUAGGAAAGUGUUCGAUUAUGGUGAGCGUUAUUGCAAAGGUGGAGUAUUUGGAACUUAUCAAGGUGCUAGUAAUCACGAAGAAUUGCACAAUUUGAUGAAGGCUACAGUCAUGAUCCGCAGGCUUAAGAAGGAUGUUCUCUGUCAACUACCAAUGAAGCGCAGGCAACAGGUGUUCCUAGAAUUAACUGACAAGGAUAUGAAACAAAUCCGCUGUUUGUUUCGUGAGUUGGAGGUUGUAAAGGGCAAAAUCACUGCAUGCAAGUCAGAAGAGGAGGUUAAAUCACUCAAACUUGUGCAGAAGAAUCUCAUAAAUAAGAUUUACACUGAUUCUGCUGAAGCUAAGAUCCCAGCAGUUCUAGAUUAUCUAGGAACUAUCAUUGAGGCAGACUGCAAAUUUAUAAUAUUUGCACAUCAUCAGCCAAUGAUUGAAGCAAUACAUCAGUUUCUUCUCAAGAAGAAAGUGGGUUGCAUUCGAAUUGACGGUACCACCCCUGCAACUGCAAGGCAAGCUUUGGUUAAUGAUUUUCAAGAGAAGGACGCUAUCAAAGCUGCGGUGCUAUCUAUAAAAGCUGGAGGUGUCGGGUUGACUUUAACAGCUGCAAGUACUGUUAUCUUUGCAGAGUUGUCAUGGACUCCAGGUGACCUGAUUCAAGCAGAAGAUCGUACUCAUAGGAUUGGCCAGGUCUCUUCAGUGAAUAUAUACUAUCUGCUAGCAAAUGACACAGUCGAUGACAUCAUAUGGGAUGUUGUCCAGCACAAGUUGGAAAAUCUGGGUCAGAUGCUUGAUGGCCAAGAGAAUGCUUUGGAAGUUUCAAGCAGCCAAGAAGUUAAAAGUCCGAUGAAGAAGAAAACUCUCGACCCCGUCCAACAAGGAAGCCCAGGGAAGCAGAAAACUCUCGAUUCUUUCUUAAUGAAGCGCUGUAACGACAUGGACGAUCCUGAAGAUCAAUCCAAGCUCAAAUACCCCAGGAAGAUGUAGAGUACAGGUAGGUGGGAUAAUGCACUUGGCUUUCUGAUCAUAAUAUCAUAACUUAGGUUAGGUGUUAAUUCUAGGAAUGUAGGAUUCCCUUGCCAUUACCGUGAGAAUAGAAUCCAUGCUCAUAUUUAA